AGUCCCACCCCGGAGGGCGGCGAUAGGCUGAACUGUCGUGGGGCGGUCGUGGUUGGCUGCCUGCAGACGGGUCUCUCUUCGUGCCUGUCAGAGUGGAUGGGGGCAGUGGCGGCUCUCGGGUGUGGGUUGUCUGUCAGUGAGAGGAGCGGGAAGAUGGCUCUCCGGGACCCGUUCUGCUAGGAAGAAGGGGGGCAGGUGGUGCUGCUACUCUGGAGAAAGCACAGCCGCCGCCUUCGUGGUGGCUGCAAGCCGCGCAGUUCGAGGUUCUGCAGUGGAGCUUCCAUAGCCGCUCUGAUUGAAGGGUUGGAACAGAUGUGGAAAGAUGUUCACUUCAGAGAGAGGGGUUGUGGAAGAAUGGUUGUCAGAAUUUAAGACCCUUCCAGAAACAUCUUUACCAAAUUAUGCCACAAAUUUGAAAGACAAGAGCUCUUUAGUUUCAUCUCUCUAUAAAGUUAUCCAGGAGCCACAAAGUGAGUUGCUAGAACCUGUCUGUCACCAGCUCUUUGAAUUCUAUCGCAGUGGAGAGGAACAGUUGCUUCGAUUUACGUUGCAGUUUCUCCCAGAACUGAUUUGGUGCUACCUUACAGUCUCAGCCAGCAGAAAUGUGCAUAGCAGUGGAUGCAUCGAAGCUCUUCUUCUAGGGGUUUACAAUUUGGAAAUAGUUGAUAAACAGGGACAUAGCAAAGUAUUGAGUUUUACAAUUCCAUCUUUAUCCAAACCAUCUGUAUAUCAUGAACCUUCCAGUAUUGGGUCCAUGGCUCUGACCGAGAGCGCACUGUCCCAGCAUGGGUUGUCAAAAGUCGUGUACAGUGGACCUCAUCCUCAAAGGGAGAUGCUUACAGCCCAGAACAGGUUUGAAGUGUUGACAUUCCUUUUGUUGUGUUACAAUGCUGCCUUAACCUAUAUGCCCAGUGUUUCUCUUCAAUCACUGUGUCAAAUUUGUUCAAGAAUCUGUGUUUGUGGAUAUCCUCGACAGCAUGUAAGAAAAUACAAAGGUGUAAGUAGCAGGAUACCGGUUUCUUCAGGAUUCAUGGUGCAAAUGUUAACAGGAAUUUAUUUUGCCUUAUAUAAUGGAGAAUGGGAUCUAGCUCAAAAAGCACUGGAUGAUAUUAUAUACCGAGCCCAGCUAGAAUUAUAUCCAGAGCCAUUGCUGGUUGCUAAUGCUAUAAAGGCUUCAUUGCCUCAUGGUGCCAUAAAAUCUAAUAAGGAAGGCACAAAGUGUAUUCAAGUUGAAAUCACACCAACUUCCUCUAGAAUAUCAAGAAAUGCAGUAACUAGCAUGUCAAUAAGAGGUCACAGGUGGAAAAGACAUGGAAAUACAGAAUUUACAGGUCAAGAAGAACUGAUGGAGAUAUCUGAAGUUGACGAGGGAUUUUAUUCCAGGGCUGCCUCUAGUACCAGCCAGUCGGGUUUAUCAAACAGUAGUCACAAUUGUAGUAACAAGACAAGUGUAGGAAAGAACCAGAGACGGUCAGGAGGAAGCAAAACUGGAGGAAAAGAAAAAGAAACUACAGGGGAAUUUUGCAAAGAUCACUUUGCUCGAAAACAUACACAGAGAGCCCAAAGUGAGAAUCUUGAGCUUCUCUCUUUGAAGAGACUAACUUUAACCACCAGCCAGUCCCUACCUAAGCCUAGUAGCCAUGGUUUGGCCAAGACGGCAGCGACUGUAUUUAGUAAAUCCUUUGAACAAGUCAGUGGUGUCACAGUCCCACAUAACCCAUCAUCUGCCAUUGGUUGUGGCACUGGGACAGAUGCCAAUAGGUUUUCUGCUUGUAGUCUCCAAGAAGAAAAGCUUAUUUAUGUUUCAGAAAGGACUGAACUUCCAAUGAAGUAUCAAGCAGGUCAGCAAAGACCUCCUAGUAUUAGCAUUACUUUGUCCACAGAUUAAUUUGUAACAUAGUUUUCUUCUUAUAACCAGUAAAUCUGGAAAUAUGACUGCUUCUUAAUGAAAGUGCCCUAGUUCUUUCAUGCCUGUUCCUAACAUGAGCCCUUAAAUUCUGAAGGCUCCCUUGACUUUGAUGAAGGGAGUAAUGUCUUGGUUAAUGAAGGAAAUGUCUAGGUUGCAGUAAGUUGAAAUAUGGUUUUGUUAUUUCUUGGUUUGCCUCCCUUCCAGUUUGAGUCUUUUUUUUUCUUAUAGUUAUGUUAUCCUAAGAUUGUGGUAUGACAAUAAAUAUUGGCAGAUUGUCUGAUCAAGUUGGUUACAUGUCCUGUGACAUUUUGAGGGUUUUUUUUUUUUUUGGUACCAGGGAUUGAACUCGGGACCUUGCGCUUGGGAGGCAGGCAGUGGAACCACUGAGCUAAAUUCCUGGCCCUUGAGUUUGUUUUUAAUACUUUCUACUUUGGUAGCUGUGUGUUUGCCCUUCUCAGUCAAAGAGCAUCUCCACGUAAGGGAACUGGCUUAUAAGAGAUGGGGCAGAGAAGCGAGUUAAGGAAUUCCAUAGUCGGCCUUUUAGCCAGCUGCCCUGGAAAACAGGCACAUGAAAAAACAAAAAUGAUUACUAUGAAAAGUGCUGAUAAAAAAUACUUGUAGCCAGGUCAUCUUUAAGAUAAUGACAGUUUAUUCAAAGGACUGGAAAAUGCCUGACAACUCACAGAGGAGUUAGCAAGUGAUUAUUAUGUGGUUCCAGGAGAUGGGCAGGGGCAUUUCUGUUGAUAUCUUUGGAAUGUUUUUAUAUCAAAACUAAGAUUGCUGGCAGAUAAUGUUGUUAUGAAGUGUUUGAUCUGGGUUUAGCAGGUGAAAAUUCCUUUAAGUUCCUAAGGUAUAAUAGGCCAUAAAGCUGAUCGAUCCUGCUGCUGGACUUUGGAAAUCCAAAUUAGUUUGGAUUCCUAUAAUUCAGAGCACAUAUCACUGAAGACUUCCUGGAAAUCAUUGUAAAUCUUGGAACACAGCCCUGAAGAUUCCAGUAUCAACUGUGUAAUAUUGAGUUGUUUAUCUGCAAAUGAAGGAAAUUAGAUAAGUUUUUCAUCUGUAAGAUGUCAUGAAAGAAAAUAUAUAGUGAAAUAUGGACAAAGGACAUUUGUAUAUUAACUAAUUUAGAGUUGUUUAUGUUUGUCUUCUUAAAUAAAUAUGAAAAAAUUAAAUGUAUUUCUUGAUUGUGAACAGGCCUGUUUUAAAUGUUUUUUUUAUUAUACAGAAAGGAUAAUCAGUUACCCUCAACCAAAAAUAAAAAUAAGAAAGGCAAUCAAGCAGAAGCUAAAUAAACUUGUAUGUAGCUACCGGCGGUGGUGUGACCUCGAGAUGGACAUACAGGUUUGGUCUUUGGUAUUUGCUAGUGGUAGCCAGUUCAGCUAUGGUGGAGGUUUUCUGUGAAGCAAAUAUACUUAAGCAAUAAUUCAGAGAGAGAGAGAGAGGGAGAGAGAGAGAGAGAGAGAGAGGGAAAGAGACUGAGAGGAGGAAGCAAGGCUGAGGAUGAGAGUAAAUAGCUGGGGAAGCUACUUACUUGGAAGCUGUACACUUGGAAGCUGCUUUCACUUUUUGUACACAGUGGUUUCCUUAUUCAUGGUUCCUAGUUAUGGUCACAAAGAAAACAUGCUUGUGUUUCCCUCUUGUACUUGCUUAUGCACAGCUCAAAUACAAUAUGUAAAAACUCGUAUGUGUUGAACAGUGCCAAGCAUUUAUGGUGAGUAUAGUUUUAAAAACCAUAAUUGCUUUGCCCACCAGUUUAAACCCAAUUCUUCAAAAAUCAUGGACUAGUUUUCACUCAUUAGCCUUGAAUAUAAUGUGGGUUUUACAAAGAAUGAAUCUGAUAUUUUUAGUUCUAGUAAUAGAACAGAAUAAGAUCUGUUGGCAUAAAUAGUAGUCAAAAACUGGAAGGCAAUUAGAUAGAGUUGAUUUUGUAUUAAUUUAAUAGUAAUCCUGUGUACAGUUUAAAAUAUGUGUAAAAUAUUACUGUGAAUUUCCUAUUGUCUUUUCCUAAUUCUUUAACAGAAUUUCCCCUAUGCAGAGUUACUAACAGUAUUGAUAUUAUGGUAUUAAGAAGUAAGUUAAAAAGUUUGGCAUUUUAAGCAAGUCAAGAUGCUUAGAAAUGUAGAGUAAGUUUGAAGAAACCUUAGCUGGCACAGACGAGAGAACAGAUUUUAAUAUUCUACCACUGUAAUGAAACUCGAUUUUGGUAUUAUUCUAGACUUUUGCUAUUAAUAUGGUCUGAGGACCAGUAAGGUAAAUUGGCAUCACCAGCCAUUUUGGUAAAAAUCCAGAAUUUAAAGACCAGACCUAGUGAAUCAAAAUGGACAUUUUAACAAGAUUUUCAAGUGAUUUUUAUGCAUGUUAAUAUUUGAGAAGAGAGUAUCAGUACAAACAAACUGCUUGUCUAAUAUGUAGGAUUCUCAGUGGUCUCAGAACCUUAGAUCAAAUAAAUAUUUAAUAUUAAAUAUCAUUAUAAUAUUUAUUUUUGAAAGCAAAUUAACUUUUUAAUAGCAUGGACUCAUGACUUAGGUCUUCUAAUUCUGAAUUCCUAAUGAUCUUCAUUUAUUAUUGCAGUAAAAAUGUGAAUUUUAUAUUGUUUAUCAUAAAUAAAAUCAGAGGUAUAAAUGCCUAUAAGUUUAAGUAUGUGAGGUUAUGCCUUUUGUACUUAAACUUUUAUACACUGCAUAACAAAUUUGCAUAUGUGUAUUCUUUUCUAAAAAAAUUUCUGAAGACUUCCUCAGUGGGGGUGAUUCUGAAUUUUGGCUUCAGGUGAUUUGCACCAAUGGAUUUUUUUGUAGUGUGGAGUUAACAACAAAAUUCUUUCAUAUUCCGAACCUUUGAUACUAUUUCAAAUAAGAAUUAUAUACUGACAGCUUUUAUUAUAGUCAUGAAAACUGGAUAAUAUUAACUAUGGCAACAAUGAUUAUUGUCCCUAAGACUCUCUCCAUUCACUUUUUGUAAGGUAAGUUGGUUUUUUUAGGUCAUAUUCCUAUAAAGCUGCUAAUGAUCACAGGCCUCCUGUGUAUCCAGAAUAAUACCUUUAUCAAGAGGAGAACUCCACAAAAUUCUGCUUAUGCACCUCAUACUUAAAAGGAUCUGAGCAGAAAUUGCAGUUCUUUCCCACAUUUUAAGCCUCUAGGGAUUCUUGAAAUCACCCAAUCUUACUCUUGAACCCCAAUUGGCUGGAUUUCCUGGUGAAGCUGGACCCAACACUAACCUCUUGGGAUUCAAGUGGGGAGAGAAACAGAGUAGACUUUUUGAGGUUUCCCAGAGUACCCAGGGGAAAGUGUCAUUCUGUCCCUAAAACCACAGGAAAGCACCCUGGAGCCCCUUAUCCCACACUGUGGAACUUGUUAAGGCAAACUCUGUAAACUUGAAGAAUAGAAAUUUUUAGUCCUUAAAUGACAGUUUGUUUUGAAAAAGCGGUAUUUCAUUGCCUUUUUCAACUUCUCAGCAAAUCUUACUCAUUUUUUUAAAAGUUGAAUUAAAGGGAAGUACAUUUUAAAACCAAAAUGGAUCAAAAUGAUCCCAGUUUUAAGGGAUUUUGCCUAUUUUGGAAGAAUAAAACUAAACUGUUCAGGGUAUUAAAUCAUAGAGGACAAAAUGUAUUUUGAGAAUUUUUAAGGCAGUUUUAUGUUUAAGUCUAUAGGCACAACAUCUGUAUUAAAGGAAAGCACGUCAAGGAAAUAUAUAUGUUAAAUGAUGUAACAAAAAAAUUACAAAAAAGCAUUUUAAAGGGCAAAUGAGGGGCAGGGAUUUAGCUCAGUGGUUUCACCGCCUGCUGUGCAAGCACAAGGACCCGAGUUCGAUCCCUGAUACCAAAAAAAAAAGGCAAAUGAUUUGAUGCAUAAUUAAAUUAAGCAUUGUAGGUAGAAAUUAAUGUAUAAUAAUGUCUUCCCAAUCUUUGAAUGGAAAGUUAAAACCCUCUAGUCCUUUGAUAAGCAUGAAGUUAUAUUUUUAGAUUUGUAACUUAGUGAAAUUAUACUUAAUACAUUGAGUUAUUAAAAAUUUUAAUAGCGUUUAAAUUCAUUAGAAAAUAUAAAUAUGUUGUCUUUGUAUUUGUAACUUGUGUAUAUCUACUGAGUCUAGCAGUAAACAUUUUUGAAGAUAUUUUUAUGUUUUUUAUAGUGGAGUUCUAAGAGCACCUGUGUCUUCAUAUAAAGUUUUGAUUAGAAAACUCAAGAUCCUAUUUUACAUCCUGUUAAAUUCUCUCAUAUGAAGCUUAUUGUGUACUUCUUACCUUUACUUCUAAUCAUGUAAUGAUAUUAAUCUUAUCCUAGUAAAUAUUCUUGUUUCUAAUUGUAUUCCUAGAGUUCACAUUCCUAAAGAAUGAACAUGACUUUGAAUAUUUUUAUGUGUUCUGUAUGCUUUUAAGGAUAUAGAAAUAAACUGGAGUUUACUUUUUGAA